CUGGCCACCUGGCGUGGCAGGCUAAAAGCUGCCUGCGAGUUCAGUCAACACCAUGUAAUAUUCGAGCCAAGAAAUUUAACAAGAGGACCCAAAAUGCGGGCAUUCCUAUUAACUUUGGGUAGUGUAGUCAUGACUACCGCAGUUAUUGGUAAUGCAUAUUACCAAAAGAAACAGUUCUAUCCGUCUGUGGUUUAUUUAACAAAAUCUAAUCCAAGCAUGGCGAUAAUCUACCUUCAGGCAUUUGUAAUGGUCAUACUCGUCGGGAAACUGAUGCGAAAAGUGUUCUUUGGCCAGCUACGAGCAGCCGAGAUGGAGCACCUUAUAGAGCGGUCGUGGUAUGCAGUCACUGAAACGUGCCUGGCCUUCACUGUGUUUCGGGAUGACUUCAGCCCCAAAUUUGUAGCCCUCUUUACUCUACUUCUCUUUCUCAAGUGUUUUCACUGGCUUGCAGAAGAUAGGGUAGAUUAUAUGGAACGCAGUCCCAUCAUUUCGUACCUGUUCCACAUGCGGGUAAUAGCGUUACUUCUCUUACUUGGCUUGGUGGACUACCUGUUUGUGGCCCAUGCAUAUCACAGCACAUUGUUGAGAGGGGCGUCUGUGCAGGUGGUAUUUGGCUUUGAGUAUGCCAUUUUGCUUAGCAUUGUGGUGAACAUCUAUUUCAAGUACUUCCUCCACACCAUCGACCUUCACAGCGAGAAUCCUUGGGAGAACAAGGCUGUUUACCUGCUUUACACGGAGCUAGUCAUGAGUUUCAUCAAAGUGGUCCUGUACCUCACUUUCAUGGCCAUCAUGAUAAAGAUCCACACCUUCCCAUUGUUUGCCAUCCGUCCCAUGUAUCUUAGUAUGAGGGCAUUCAAGAAAGCUUUCAACGACACGAUAAUGUCUCGCCGUGCCAUACGAAACAUGAACACACUGUAUCCAGAUGCAACGCCCGAGGAGCUUGCAUCUGCAGACAAUGUGUGCAUCAUCUGUCGAGAAGAGAUGGUGGGGGGCGGCAACAAGCGCUUGCCCUGCAGCCACAUCUUCCACACUGCGUGCCUGCGGUCAUGGUUUCAGCGGCAGCAGACGUGCCCCACAUGCCGCAUGGAUGUCCUCCGCGGCACUCCUCCGCAGCCACACGUUCCACCUGCACAGCCGGCUGCGCAACCACAGCAGGCGGCCCCGCACCAACCGCAGGCACCACCUGCUUUUCCGCAGUGGCCUGGCAUGCCUGCUUUUCCAAUGAUGCAGCAGUUGCAGCAAAUGAUGCAGCAGCAACCUUUAGGAGUCCGUCCGCAGCAUGGCCAGCAGCCAGCUGCUGCUGCUGCAGCAGCAGCAGCUCAGCCACCACCGUCGACGCCGCAGCCACAGCCUGGUCCCUCAACCAGUGGCGCUGUACCACCCACCUCCUCCGCAGGUGCAGGUACAUCCUCAACCACGACUCCUGGGGCUACUCUGCCAAAUUUUGCGGCUACAGGACCAUUCUUUAUUCCUCCCUUCUUUGCCUUCAUGCUCCCACCGCCACCUGUGGCUCCCGAAGGAGCCCUGGAUGCCAUGACACGGGAAGAGUUGCUCGCCCUUGAAGGUCAAGAACGAGAGCGAGUAACAGCUCGAAUUCGUUGUCUGCGCAACAUCCAGACGUUAUUGGACGCGGCUGUUAUGCAACUACAGCAGUACAACACUAUUGUUACAAGGGAAACGUGGAACGUAGGCCAUGCAGCAGCGCAAGCUUCGGGUAAGGGGGCAGCAGCUGCUGCUUCAGAAACGUCCGAAGGGACCUCCGUCAGGGGUGCAGCAGGCGGUGCUGCACAGGAGGAACGGCAAGACCCUGGCGGAGUUUCGGCUACAGCAGAGUCCGAGGACUUUGACAGUAGUGACCCCAAUGCUGAGGUGCGAAGGAGACGAUUGGAGCGCUUUUCACACAGCACCAUCUCUAAUGGAAAACCCUCGGACCCCAAUGCAACCACGGGGCAGAACGUGCGACCCUGACAUUUUGUUGUUGAUGCACAUGGAUGCACAUGAGUUUUACUUGCAGGAUGCCCUCAUCAAGUGCAGUGGCACUGAGGUAUAAGGCUCGUGGCUGGGCUAUUUUAUUUAUUGUACAGAACUUGUAUAAAGAGCCCCGGGCUGUUGAAACUACAUUCCCUUGUUCGAAAAAGGUGAAUAAAACUGAGCUGCACAUUA